AUGUCAACAAAUGAUCAAACAUUAGAACAUAUAUCAAGAUCUCAAGAUAAAAAUGUAUUUAAAGAAUUUUUGAAAAGGGGUGAUUUAUCAACCAAAAGGAAUAGUAAAGGUCAAACAUUAUUACAUUUAAUCGCGAUGAAUGAUAAUAUGUUUGCAUUAAAAUUCUUUUUUAAAAAAAAAUAUGGAUUUUUAAAAGACACCUCAAUUGAAGUAGACCAUAGAGAUAUUGAUGGUUAUACACCAUUACAUUAUGCUGUAAAUCAAGGUGCAUUUGAAAUUGCUACAAAAUUAUUAUCAAGAGGUGCUGAUCCAAAUGCAAGAACUGAAAAUGGUUUAACUCCAUUACAUUUAUUAACAAAAUAUUGUUAUUCAAAUAAAUCAAUUAAAUUAGCUCAAUUAAUAAUUGAAAAUGGAGCAUAUAUAAAUCAUAAAGAUAAUAAACAAGAAACACCAUUACAUAGGGCAACAAUGUUAAAUGAUAAUUUUGAUUUCUUAAAAUUAUUAUUAUUUCAUGGGGCAAAUCCAAAUAUUGUUAAUAAAAGAGGUAGAACAUGUCAACAUUUAUCAAUUGAACAAGGUAAAGUUGAAUUAUUGGAAUUGUUUUUAAUGUAUGGAGCAGAUUGUAGUAAACCAACACCAAUAUUACCAUCACCAAUGGAAAUGGCAGCAAUUUCACCAUUUCCAUUGAUUAGACAAUUCUUUUCAGAAAGAAUUUCACCAACUGGUGAAAACAUUUUAAUGAUUGAAAAAGCUGUAUUUUUAGGUAAACCAGUUUCAACCUUUAUUCAAAAUGGUGAUUCUUUUACUACUGGUACUUCAACUCAAUUAUAUACUGGUAAAUUAUUUAUAACAAAUUUUAGAUUAGUUUUUAAACUUGAUCAACCAAAUAAUAGUAAUAGUAGUAAUAGUAAUAGUAAUAGUAGUAAUAGUAAUAGUAAUAAUAGCAAUUGUAAUAAUAGUUCAAAUAUAAAUUUUCCAAUAUUAGAAGAUGAGGAAGAAUCAAUACCAUUGUUAUCAAUAUCAACAGUUAGAACUGAUGAUGAUAGAGAUAAUCAAUCAAAUGGUGGUUCUAAUAAUAGUAAUGAUUUAGAUUCAUCAUCAGGUUUAAAUAAAGAAACAAUUAUAAUACCAACAAAUAAUAGUAAUGAUAUUUUCUUUACUACAAGUGAAAUUACAACUGGUGGUAAUAUAAUUGAUGAUUAUUUAAUAAAUCCGAUUGGUUCUAGUACUGGUAGUAAUAAUAGUAGUAGUAGUAAUAGUAAUAGUAAUGGUUACUAUAAUUCAAAUCAAAUAAAUUGUAAUAAUAGUCAACAACAACAACAACAACAACAACAACAACAACAACAACAACAACAACAACAACAACAACAACAACAACAACAACAACAACAACAACAACAACAACAACAACAACAACAACAACAACAACAACAACAACAACAACAACAAUCAAAUAUAAAUCCAACAAUAACAACAACAACAACAGUAACAACAUCAUUAAAUCAACAAUCAAUUAUAAAUGUACAUAGUAAUAAUAGUAGUAAUUUAAGUGGUCAUUUUAGUAUUAAUCAAAGUGCAUCAUCAAUUUUAAAUAAUAUAAUUAAUUUUAGUAAAACUUCAUUAAAUUUAGUUAAUCCAUCAUUGGGUGGUUCAUCACCAAAUCCGACACCACCUUUAUCACCAGCUCAAUCUUAUCAUUUUUCUUUAGAUAAUUUAUCACAACAACAACAACAACAACCACCACCACAACAAUCUCAACCAAUUUUAAAUAGUUCACCUGUAAAUAAUAAUAAUAAUAAUAAUAAUAUAACAACAUCAAUUUCAUCAAAUAAUUUAUCAAAUUAUACAAUAUCAACAUCAUCAAUGAGUUAUCAAUUAAUUAAUAUUGAAACUAAAGAUUUUAAACAAUUUAAAUUAUAUUUCAUGUCAAUUCAUGUUAGAGAUAAAAUAAUGGAUUUAAUAAAUUAUCAUUUUAAAGAUAAAAUUGAAAGAUCAAUAAAAGUAACAAGUCAAAAUAAAAAUAUUCAAAAAAAGAUUGUUGAAGAGAAUAUUCAAAUGCAAGAUGAAUCAAGAGUUGAACAUAUUGAUCGUUAUGAAAGUUAUGGUAUUUUUGAGGAAAUGGUACCAUUUUUAUUUGCAUUUUUAUAUAAAUCACCUGGAUUUUCAGAUUUAAAUCCAUCAUCAUCGUCAUCGUCAUCAACAACAACAACAUCAACAUCAUCACCAUCAUUUUCAACACAACCAAAUGUUUUAAAUUCAAGUACAAGUAGUAUAGAUGGUUGGCAAGUUUAUAAUCAAAGAAGAGAAUAUGCUAGAUUUAAUAUCUAUGGUGAUAGUGAAAAUAGUGGUUGGAAAUUUACAAACAUCAAUAAAGAUCAUAGAAUGUGUUCAAGUUAUCCAAGUUCAUUGGUUGUCUCAAACAAAGCAACUGAUAAAGAUUUAGAGAAAAUAUUUUCAUUUCGUAGUAAAGGUCGUAUACCAACAUUGUCAUGGAAAGAUCCAUCUUCAAAUGCUUCCAUUAGUAGAUGUAGUCAACCAUUGGUUGGUAUUGAAAGGGCACGUUGUCCAGAGGACGAAUUUUAUUGUAGUAGUCUAGCAUUAAGUUCACCAUCGAAAACACUCUAUCUAAUUGAUGCAAGACCAAAAAUAAAUGCAAUUGCAAAUACAGCCAAUGGUGCAGGCUUUGAAAAUAUUCAUAAUUAUCCAAAUUGUAAAUUAAUAUUUAUGAAUAUACCUAAUAUUCAUGUAAUUAGAAAAAGUUUAGAGAAAUUAGUAUUGGCAAUGAAAUCAUCAGCUCGUGACAAAGAUCAUACCGAGAGCACUGAUAUGAGAUUUUGGGGCUACAUCGAAGAGACUGGUUGGAUAUCACAUAUUAAAUCAAUAUUGGAAGCGGCAACUUUCUCUGCUGAAUUAAUCCUAAAAGGUAAUAGUAUAUUGGUGCAUUGUAGUGAUGGUUGGGACAGAACCCCGCAAAUCACUUCAUUAACUCAAAUUCUAUUGGACCCUUUCUAUCGUACAAUUCAUGGGUUUCAAGUAUUAAUCGAAAAGGAAUGGCUUAGUUUUGGCCAUAAAUUCUCUUUACGUCUUGGUCAUUUACCUGGUAAUGAAGAAGAGAGAUCCCCAAUUUUUCAACAAUUUUUAGAUUGUUGUUUUCAAUUAUUAAAUCAGUUUCCAUUACUUUUCGAGUUUACUCCAUCUCUAUUGUUAUUCAUUUCCGAUAAUAUUCAUAGUUGUAAAUAUGGUACUUUCUUAAAUAAUUGUGAAAAAGAUAGAAUUCAAAAUCAAGUUAAAACCAAAACAAUCUCAAUUUGGACUGAAGUUAAUUUAAAUGUUAAUAAAUUUUUAAAUCCAUACUUUAAUCCUCAAGAUAUUCAAUCAAUUAGACCAAAAUUAUAUUCACGUUGCUUAGAACUUUGGAAAUCAUGUUAUAUGAGAUUUGAAUCAAAAGAUUCUUGGAUGCAUAGUAAUUGGUUAUUACAUAAUUCAAAUUUUAAUAAUUUAAAUUAUUUUUCAAAAUUUAAUCAAAAUAAACAAUUUAAUAAUAAUAAUAAUAAUAAUAAUAAUAAUAAUAUUAAUAAUAAUAAUAGUAGUAUUAAUAAUAAUGAUAGAAACUCAAUCUCUUCAAGUACCAAUAGUAAUAAUAAUAAUAGUUCAGAUAAUAAUAGUGGUUGGAUUUCACAAAGUAGAAACUCUCAGCCACAACAUUCACCAAUACUUGCAAGUCAUAGACCAAACUCUUCAUUAAUUGAUGAUUAUACUGGUGAUACAAAUUUAAAUAUUUCAAACAACAGCAAUAACAAUAAUGGUGAUACCCCCACAAACACAAUUCAUGAUUCAGAUAUUAUUAACACCCUUGAAGUUUUAACAGAAAUAAACUAA